UGCAAUUCAUUUCGCUUGUAUUUCGCAGUAGUUACAUUUUCCGUCGUCUACUUGUCGAGGAAGUGGCUGUAGAUUAUUUUAUAUAGAAGAUUUUUAAUUAUCAGUAAUUAUUACAACUUUUGGAUCGGACUGUCGUGCACAAUAUUACAAGGAUCUAAAGUUCUUAAAAUCAGUUUUUGUUGAACCUAGAUUUUGUUUUACCGGGCGAAAAUAUUUUACUGAGAAAAUGAAGAUGAAGCGAGAAAACAAUGACGACGGGCCUCAUACCGAUAAGCGUAGUCGUCGCAAUGAUGAUCAAAUUCGUAUCCUCAUUCCGAGUAAUAUUGCUGGUGCGGUCAUCGGUAAAGGAGGGCAGCAUAUUCAAAAAAUGCGCACUCAGUACAAAGCCACUGUAUCUGUCGACGACUCCCAAGGCCCCGAACGCACCAUUUUGAUAUCAUCGGAUCUGGAGUCAACAUUGCAGAUUGUAUCCGAAAUGCUGAAAUACUUCGAAGAGCGCGAUGAUGAGGUUGAUGUACGCCUGCUGAUUCAUCAGAGUCUCGCUGGAUGCGUUAUUGGCAAAGGAGGGCAAAAAAUUAAGGAAAUAAGAGAUAAAAUUGGAUGUCGCAUUUUGAAGGUUUUCUCGAAUGUCGCGCCACAAAGUACAGACCGAGUGGUGCAAACUGUUGGCAAACAGGCCCAGGUUAUUGAAGCUAUUCGGGAGGUCAUCACUCUGACUCGAGAAACGCCCAUCAAGGGUCCUGUCCAUAAUUAUGAUCCCACAAACUUCGAUCGCAUGUAUGCCGAAGAGUAUGGCGGCUAUGGCUCCGGUGGUGGCGGCAGCAGCGGUGGUGGUGGCGGAGGCGGCGGCGGCGGCAACAAUCGCCAAUCGCGUGGAGGUCGUGGUGGCGGUGGCGGUGGCGGCGGUGGCGGCGGUGGCGGUGGCGGUGGCGGUGGUAACAACUUUGGCAAUGAUCGCGGUGGACGUAAUGAUCGCAGCCGCAGUGGCGGCCGUCGUGAUAAUCCAUUUAUAAAUCCUUGGGCUAAUGAUGAUGGUUUCGGAGGCAAUAAUAGCGGCGGAGGUGGCAAUUUCGGCGGUGGUAACUUUGGUGGCGGUUUCGGUGGAGGUAAUUUCGGUGGCAAUGGCGGCGGCGGCGGCGGCGGCUUUGGCGGAAAUAACGGGCCGUCAGGCGGCAAUUUCGGCGGCAAUGGUGGCGGCGGCGGCGGCGGCGGCUUCGGUCCUGGUAACCAAGGCAACUUUGGAGGUGGUAAUCCUGGUGGCGGUUUCGGUGGCAAUCAAAUGAAUAACGGAAACUUUGGUGGCAUGAAUCAAGGAGGUGGAUUUGGUGGUCCAAACAACAACAGUGGUAUGGGAUCUGGUGGCGGUAUGGGAUCGGGUGGUGGUGGAGGUUUCGGACCGGGACCUAACAACAAUGGGCCCAUUGGUGGUAAUUCCGGAAACCUUCCGAAUGGUCAUGAUCCUAAAAACAGUACGCAGGUUACCAUUCCGAAAGAUUUGGCUGGUGCUAUUAUUGGCAAAGGAGGUGGCCGUAUUCGACGCAUCCGUAAUGAGUCUGGUGCCUACAUUACCAUCGACGAGCCUUUGCCUGGUUCAACUGACCGCAUAAUUACCAUUUCUGGUAACCCUAAGCAAAUCCAAAUGGCCCAGUAUCUUUUACAACAGAGUGUGCACGAAAACAACGGCAGGCGAAACUUCUAAGUCUGCGCCGUCAAGCUAUGGAUGUCAGAAUACACCCAUGUUUUUGACAACAAAAUAUACGCAAAAAAAUUACAUUUAAGACUUACAUGCCCCUUAAAUUUCGUUAAUAUUUCACUUAAUUUGAGUUUAUACAGCAACCUUCGUUUUUUAAUAAACUAAACGAACAAUUAAUAAUUAAAAAGACCAAAUAAGCAAAGAAAAAAACCCUUUUUAAUAAAAUAAGAGCUGUAAUUUUUUUAUAUAAUUUUUUUUUUUUAAUUCCUUAAAUUCUUAAUUAAUGUGGUACUAAGUCCAUAAAAAUUCCAAACGGGUUUUAAGAGGGAUUGUAACAUGCAUAUAUACAGUCCGAGACAUCAAGAGUAGUAAUUUUAAUGUUUACGCCGCGCAAUGGUGGUGGUUGCGUCCGAUGAUAUGCUUUCAAUGAGUAGUGCAUUACAUAGGAAAAUUAUGUAGAUUUUAUUCGUGGCGAAUCGAAAUGGAAAUAAAUCGGUAUGUAUUGUCGCUAGUUGUUCAGAUUCAGGAAAGUCCAGCGGAAAAAACGGAUCGGACAUGAGUAUUUCUACUCGAAAACUACACUCACAGCCUUCACGGUCGUGUAUGCAUUGGUAAAAGAAUUGAAAACACCUUAACUUCUUGAUAUAUGCUCUCUUUGUUACGGACUGUUUAUAUUCAUGAUAAGCUCAACAUUUUGACGAAGAAGAAGCACCAUGUAUACCAAAUAGAUUAAAAACUAACUGCAUUAUUUGUAAGGACUACUAAAAUUUCAUCAGUGAGUUGGCGUAGUUUUUAUCAGUUUCAUUUGUGGAAACGUGUGCGUACAACAAUUUACUAACAAUAUUGUAAAAGAAGUAAUUAUACAGUCAUUACACAGAGGACCACGUGUAGGUACCAAACAUUGAGUAAUUUUUUGGUCUGCUAUUUUUCUUAUCGCUAUUAAAUAAGUAUAUAGAAUUCUUAUUCUAUACCCAUAAAACGAACUCUGUAAGAUUUCAAGAUACAUACAUAUAAUAAAGAUAUAAAUAGAAGACA